UAACUUUAUUUUAUUUUUACACUCGCAAGCGGGCAGCGCGCAGCCUAAGCCUGUAUGUAAUUUCGCGCUCGCGGCGCAGCCGCACGCACCGAUCAAGAUGGCGGCGCUCUCAUUCCAAGUUUAAACUUUAAUUUCGAAUAUCGAAUUUAGAAGUCGUUUUCGUACGCGAUAACGCGUAGACGCAACAAUUUGUUAUUUCCAUGGGAAAUCAGUGUGACGUGCGCGAUUCGUCGGUUGCCUUGGAGCUGAACGCUCUGGCUUCGUGAAUUUCAUUGGGAAUCCGCGCUUGCUUCAGUUAUUGGGAAAUUACGAAUGUUUAAUCUUGCCAAGAUGGUGUGAAUAAAAGAUUACUCCUCCCUUCUUCAAGACGUAGUCCUAAAGGCACGUAGCCGGUAAGGUUCGGGCGCGGCUUAACGCGGUCGACCUUACAAACAGGUGAGGCGGCGACGCCACGCAGAACAUGCUACUAAGGUUGCCGUGCCCUUUUACGCAGACUUCUUUAGCCAGUUUACGACAAGCGCCCGCGUCCGGGCACUCCGCCGGGCCGGCGUGGUGGACCAUGAUGAACGGCGUCGGGGGGACGCUGUACGAGGAGUCGCACGCGUCGCCGCCCGGGGGCUCACCGCCGUCCGCACCGGCUGCCGCGCCGCCGUCUGCCUCCAGCGCCUCCCCGGCCUCGGUGGGAUCCAACCCGCCGCAGCCGCUCCAGGUCCCCGCUAAGCGCUACGACCUCGAGCCCGGCGUCAUCCGGCACGCGCAGCCCUCCUGGGGCUACCCGCCUGACGCACCCACCUCUUUCAACCACGAAUAUGGCGCCGGAGCCCCUACCUACUACAACCUCCCAGUGGAAAGGGAGCGUAAAUCCGGUUUGCCUUUUUGGCCGGGAAGCGGGGGAGAAUACAAGCCCUACGCCGAUGGUGGCUGCCAUCAAGGCUUCUCGCAGCCCUGUUGGAACUACGCAUAUGGAGCGCCGCGUGGAGAUCAGCCCUUACCCUACGUGGGAGAUGAGCGACGAACGGCGGUGUCGGAAGCCUCUGGAUUCACCCACGAUGCGUACGGACUUCGGAACUACGCGUCAGAAUCCGUAUCCAGUGGACCGUACCCACCUCCUGGAUCCCUACCAGGUUCCCUGUCGAUGUCGGUGGGCGUCGGAGUCGGCUGCGGCUCCUCGAACCCCCUGGACUGGACCGGCCAAGUGACGGUGCGCAAAAAACGCAAACCAUACUCCAAGUUCCAGACUCUCGAGUUAGAGAAAGAGUUCCUCUUCAACGCUUACGUAUCGAAACAGAAACGGUGGGAGCUCGCGCGGAAUCUGAACCUCACGGAGAGGCAGGUCAAAAUAUGGUUCCAGAACCGGCGGAUGAAGAACAAGAAGAACUCGCAGCGGCAGGCGGCGCAGGCGGCGCAGAACAACAACAACAACUCGAACGCGAAUAACCACAACCACCACACGGGGCACCACCUCGCGCCGCACCACUCGGCGCUGCACCACGCGCCGCCCGCCAAACACCAUCAGUGACCCGCGCCCUUCUCUGGGACUUACCCCCUUCACCACGGUAUAGCCAGUUAAAUGAAGCAGGGCCAGUUCCAUUGGACCAGUGUGGAAGUGACUUGUACUUAAGGUUCCGAGAUCCGUUACGUCCAUGUUCGUUACCCAGUGCGGAGUGGUGAAGGUGUAGGACGCUACCGGUGACGCCGGCGCGCCAGCUCCCAGAGAAUCUCCUCUCUAGUAACAUAAUGUGUUGUCGAUUUGUGUAUAGUAUUAAAUUACGAAGUUAUGUUCGAUAAUUGUAACGAGACUAAGUACGUGAGUAGAUAACGAUUCCUGAUAUUAAUAAUGUCUAGUGUAGCGCUAAUAUUGUAUUUGAAAUUAUUUAAGUAUCUACGAAUUACGAAUAUUAAAGACGUCACCGAUGAAUCAUAGUUUCUAGAUAGUUUAUUGAAAAUAAAUUAUGUAUAAAUAUUUUGUGAGACUGCUUAUUGCUGCUCGGGUGUUCUUUUUAGUUUGUUACCAAAUUGUUGAAUCGUCGGCUGACGCAGGAGACAGACACCCUCCCCUAGAGAGGGCAGCCCCAGGCAGCUAGCUAUUGCAUACCGACUAAUUGUCACGAUCCUCUAUUUAUUUUAUACUUAGGCAAGGAUAGAGACCACAACAUGAUCAAAUAUUUAUUAAUGUUUAAUUUCUUAUUUCAUAAAUCGUAAAUUUUGUUAUUUAAAUUAUGGAUUUCUGACAAAGCUUUAACUCGGUUCCAGUAGAAUUAUACAUUAAGUUACUGUUAUGACUUUUUUAAAUAUUGAAGUUGAUGUUAUAAUCAAUUAAAAUUAGGUGAUAUGGGCAAGUGCAUUAAUAUUGUCCUCUAUUGAUUAAUUGUACUGUUCGCUUUAGCCUGUCUUAUUACUUUUUAUUUUUGUUUUAGUUAAAUAUUUUAUUAUUUAUUUUAUACACUAUUGUGACUUACCAACCGUAUAUUUAAUAAUGUUUUCAACCUUCUCUUGCUCUCAUGUUAAGAUGUAUGUUAUGUAUAAAUAACGAAAUAAUUUCCAAAUAUUGUAAGUAAAUAUCUACAAAGAGAAUCAUCCCAGUUUUAGGAUAUUAUCGUACUUCUUAGAUACCGGCAUUUUCCUACUUUACAAAGCAAGUAUAAUUAUUAUAUAUGUAAUAAAUGUUUUAUUGUGAACUUAGUACUCUGAUCUAAUGAAUCUGUAUUGUCGUAAUUUUGUAGGGAAUAAAAUAAAUUAGGUGUUUUUGUACAAAAAGGCGACCUCGUCUAGGUGACCGAAUUUGUAUUUUUAUUGCAAGGCAUCGAUGAUACCUGUACCUGCAUAUAUCUACCUACAAAUAGAACGAAACAACGAGUAAGUAACUUAGCUCAUGUCCUGUAUAAAUGAUUAAGAGGAAAAUUAAUGUUUUAUAAGUAGGUGCUUGAAUUUUGUCUGAAAAACUUUGACACCGAAAAUUCAGUACGUUUUUGCAUUUGUUACCCAUCUAUUAUACUAUUAAAUAAUAACGUAUUUUUUACAGUUUUCAUCAAAAAAUCGCAUGUAGUCAACGAUUAUAGAGUUCCAGUUAUUUACGCGUUCAAGUUUAGGAGCAAUAUUUAAUAAGAGUCUCCAAAAGAUAAACACUAAUUCUAAAUUUCAUGCAACAAAGUUAUUCAGACAAAAUAUUACUUUUCUCACAAUUUGCUUCUCUAAAACAUACGAACAUUCAGUGAAUUCAGUAGUUACUACCUAGAUACUACUUAUAUUAGAAACAUAAAAUAUAAUAUACCUACCUUGUAAUAAAUAAAGGUCUCGUAAUAUUACUGUACAGUUAAAUUAAUGUAGUUAAUCGCGCCAGAAAAUGUGAGGUUUUGUUAAGUAUAAUGUAAUAAUUAAAAAUAAAAUGAAUGUGCUCUCGACAGUUUUAUGACGAAUUUAAGAAAGAAUGUAUGAAAGCGGAAAAAAUUAAAUAUUUCGUCGUGUC